ACAAAGUUGAGCAGCAAAAAUGACAACAAUCAGCGAAUAGUUCGCAUGGACAACAUGAACACUGUUCCGUUCCGAUCGCAAUUCAAUUGGAAUGUACUGGACGGAGAUGAGGCUCGUCAGAUAUCGUACAGCAUUCAUACAAUAGGUGAUAUUGAUAAAUGUAUUUCCCAGGACCAGUUACUAAAUCCGGAAGCAUGUCUGGUGCUGCAGGCUCACGACGAGCAUAGUUUCUGCGAACAAGCGCUUAGUGUCUCUCCAGUCUACCAGAUUUCGAAACUAGCACUCAUUGCAGAAUGCUGUAAAAUCGAAUCAUACGUGGGACAAGCCCAGGAAUACAGUCAGACUCAUCACGGAGAACUUUUUUAUGAUUCGGAUUCUCAGCUUUAUCUGUUCGAUAUUCGGCUUGAGAAUUGUAGCAUAUCAAACAUAUUAUUGCGAUUCGUACUACCACCUGACAAAGUACUGUGUCUAUAUGGUAUGCAUAUAGUAUUGGCGAAACGAUCUAGCCCAAUGAGUAUAUUCGAUAACCAGAACACAAUUAGGCGCGCCAUGAUCGAAUGUCGUUUAGAUGAUUCCAAGCUGUCCGAGAGCGCGGCCAAAUGCAAGGCAUUCAUGUUGGCUUCGAUGGAUCGAUAUGGCACCCAAACAAAUGCUCAACAAAAACAGCACAUGUUCAAUAACAAUAAUACAACCCCAAAUCCCAGCAGCACCAGUAGUAGCGGCGUAAUAAACGAUUUGUCGAGUCAGUCGUCGCACAUUGGGGAUCACCAAGCUGGUGCAGAGUGUAUAGAUAACUCGGAAACAUCAUCCGAGCCGCCCUUUCUCCGACCGUCGUCAUCCCUUAGUGAAAUGUUAGUGAAACAAUAUAUUGAUAGCAAAUUUUUAGAUUUCGAACGAAUGAUUGACUCCAAAUUGCGAGCAAUGGAGCUUCGACAGAAUGAGAAGCUUGAUAAGAUAAUAUCAGUAAUAGAAUCAAUUAAUAGAAAAUAAAAAGGCGUUUUCAAUGAUGGCAAUUUAGUUUAGCUUUAUUACGAAAUGACCUGUUUACAUUACGAUAUUCGUUUAGAACUAACAAAAAAAUAAAACAUAACCGAUAUCACUCGCCGAAACUUUUAUGAACAAACAUAUUUCCGAUAUCUUCCUACGUAGAAUAUCUUACAAUGAUUAACCUUCCAGUGCAUUAUGGAUCCAGAUAGGAAUUGUUGAAACGAUAUCAUGUUUGAUACUUUAACACGAUAACCGAGAUAUGAUAAUCAUGAAUAUAUCAUGAGUGGAUUCUAAUCACGAACGGUGGAAACUUCACGUUUGUUGGUGAAGAUGGCGGUAACAAUAUCAUUGCAACAUGGAAUGCUCAGUUGUCGGCAUUGGGUCUGCAAGAAAUAGACAAAAAAAAAAUUAUGAAUACAUUGAGAAGCUGAAAUAGUGGAGAGUAUAGUAGUGUUCCAUGAAACUAAUAAAUGUCAGAAAUAAAUUAUUACAGUAUUAAUCAGAUGCACGUCUAGAAUCUCCUCUCUACAUGUUGUGGACCAUGUCGUUGGGAAAGCUGAAAACAAAGUACAUCAAUAAAGUUGUUGCUACUUCAGGCAGGCUGAACUCUUUGUACUCUAAAAUCCGCCGCUGUUGGUCGGAAUGUCAGCAUCAUAAGUUAGCAAAAGCAAUUCAACCCCAUGAUGAACAUGCCUUCGAAAAUUCCAGACGUGAAAAUUACCAGGGCCUACGUUAAAAUCACGUUUAACGGGAGUAAAAUAAGCAUCAUUACAAUGAAAAAUUGUAAGGGGUUGUAUCUCGGGCGCGACCCCAUUUUCGACGUAGAACUACGGAAUUAUA